AAAUUGGGGGGUGUCGAGGAGGAGGAGGAGGAGGAGGAGGAAGAGACUCUAAGGGAAACAACUUAAGACGGUGAGAACUGAAGAGUGAGUGAGCACACGGUGUAAGCACACAGACUGGGAACGAGGAAAAGACUCCAACGAUCCAUCAGCAUCAAACAGAGAUGACGUCCCUGUACAGGAACCUUCUUUUUUUUCUGAUUGCCUCGCCACUCCUUCACUCCCACCUCUUCACUCAUGCUGCCACCACUUCCUCUCCCAUCACUCGUCCUCGCAUCAUAUUCAUUCAUGGCUCGGACGAUGACUAUAACGAUGACUACAAUGACGAUGACAACAGCUCUCUUUCUGAAGUGCCGCCCUUAGUGAAGAUUUCAGUUCUCAAUACGACACCCCAGUUCUGCAAGAUCAAUCCCUGCCUGGAGGAUCAGGAACCCUGUGUCCAACUUUCGGAGAAGACCGGGUGCCUCUGUCCUGGGAUCAGUGGGGCAGAUGAGCCUCCUCACUCACCAGUCAUCCAGGCAGUGCUGCCAGUCAGUAAAGGAGAUAACAGGGGGAAGGUAGAGGUGCAGUGGUGCGCUCCAUCUUCUGUGGUGUCUCGGUAUAGAGUGGUGGUUGAGGGAGGUGAAGGUGAUGCUUUGGAGUUUGGAAAUGCUCUACGACGAGGGUUGGUGGGAUCCUUGGAAGUUGGGACCAAGGUGUGUGUGGAGGCGAUGAACAGUGCAGGACACAGCAGCCCCUCAGAAUUCUCCUGUACACGGUAUGACCCUCCUAAAACCUCUGAUCAUAACCUGCUGGUCUGGAUCAUAGGUGGAGGAGUCGCCCUGCUUCUACUUAUAAUCAUUACAGCUGUGAUCCUAUGGAAACAGAAAAUAUGUCAAAAGGGGAAGAGAGACUCCACUGAUGGACUAGGAAACCCUUCUUACAGCACAGAGGGAACUCUGUAAUCUGGAAAAGUGCAGCAGGGACAAUCCAUCCCAGUUACAAGAGAUAGUGUUGGUGUGAUUAUGAAAUAGAGCCACAAAAUUGUGAUCCACAGGGGUGGAUACAUGAACAUACUGGGAGAAAGAGCAGGGGCAUUUUUGGGAUAACACGCAUAAUAACAAAUAAUAACAGUUUAUCAAGCUAUUUUGGGAUUAUAACUGCAGGGUAAUUUGCUGGCAAAUUAACCUCUGUAGAUUUAUUUUAGAUUUAAAUGGAAUUGUAAAUAUUUGUAGGCAAUAGCUAUUGAUUAAAACGUUUGUAAUGAACUAAAUCUUAUUUUAAUAAAAAACAGUUUGAAAUGU